AUGGCCUCUCCGUUGGUUUGGCCGCCGCACUCUUUCAGGAUGUUACUUCCAGCUCUUGUCCUCAUGAUAUUUAGCAUAGUUAGCUUCGGCAGCUGUCAAACUACUUCAGCCCCACCCCCGAGCCCGUGCUCCUCUUAUAAAAACUGUGACACGUGUGUUCCUCAUGCAAAGUGCCUUUGGUGUUUUUCCACUAAUAACUGCACCGACUACCCUGUGACUUGGCUGUUCCCACCGGCUUCUGUUUGUAAACUGGCUGAAGCUCGCUGGGGAGUCUGCUGGUUGAAUUUCGAAGCGCUGGUGAUUACGCUUGGAGCUUUGGCCGGAGUCGUCGUCUUGACCAUUGCCGUCUGCUGCUGCUACUGCUGCUGUUGUAAAAGCUCCAGUCACACCAGGUUUGACAGAGAAGACGAGCAGUACGCCCAAAGGAGAGAGGAGAUCCGACAGCGCUCCGAGGAACGGAAGACUGAUCGGAAGUCGAGGCAUGAUGAAAUUCGCAGGAAGUACGGUUUGAUGGGCGACCCGGACCACCCAUACAGCAAGUUUGAGAAUGAGUAA